AUGUGCAAUAUGCAGCGCUCAGCGUUGUUAAUACUUUCGUUCUUGAGCACACUGGUCUUGUCUUGGCCUUACGACGAGUCACUUUCCGAUUAUAAUGUUAACGAAAACCAAUCUGCUACAGCCCCAAUCGAUUACUGGGGAGAAUGGCCGAACCAUAAAUAUCACCCAUCACCGGAUAACUGGCGCUUCCCUGUCUACACGAUCUUUCUCGACAGGAUAUCCAAUGGCGACCCAACAAAUGACGAUAUCAACGGGACUACCUUUGAGCAUGUCAUCGACUCCAAUCAAAUGCGACACGGCGGGGAUUUGGAAGGAUUGCUGGAUACACUGGACUAUAUUCAAGGAAUGGGAUUCAAGGCUAUUUACUUCGCCGGAACCUAUUUGAUGAACCUCCCCUGGGCUUACGAUGGCUAUUCACCGACCGACACGACCCUUCUGGAUAUGCAUCAUGGUACACUAGAAGAUUGGAGGCGGGCUAUUGCAGAGAUCCACAAGCGUGAUAUGUACGUCCUGGUGGACAAUACGGUCGCUACACUGAGUAAUCUGGUCGGAUUCAAAGGCCACCUGAACGAUUCGGCCGAUUUUAAUCCUCACGAAUACGAAGUCGAAUGGGUCAGCGAGAGACGAUACGCCGAUUUCCAAUUCGGCAACGACUAUAACGAUACCUGCAACUUUCCCAAGUUCUGGGACGAGACUGGGUUUCCGAUAACUUCAGGCGGGCCCGAGGACUUGACAGGUUGCUACAACUCAGACUUUGAUCAAUUUGGAGAGCUGGAGGCAUUUGGAAACUUCCCUGAUUGGCAACGCCAGCUCACAAAGUUUGCCUCGGUGCAGGAUCGCUUACGCGAAUGGCAUAAACCGAUCCGCGACAUCAUCACUCAACAUUCCUGUGCUCAAAUUGCAAGUUUGGAUGUCGAUGGAUUCCGCUUCGAUAAGGCUGUGCAGACAACUCUCGAGCCCUUGAGUGAGAUCACUGCUGUCUACCGAGAAUGCGCGAAGAAGUACGGCAAACACAAUUUCUUUCUUCCCGGAGAGAUCACGGCUGGAGAUACAUUCGGAAGUCUUUAUCUUGGGCGCGGACGUCAGCCAAAUCAGCGGCCAGACUCAGCAGGUGCUGGCGUCAAAUUAACAAAUGACUCAGAUGCAGCUUUCCUGAGAGACGAUGGAUUGCAAGCGUUGGAUGCCUCGGCAUUCCAUUACACAAUCUACCGUUCAAUGACUCGGUUUCUGGGAAUGGAUGGUAAUCUAGUCGCUGGAUUUGACUUGCCGACCGAUUUCAUCGAAGCAUGGAACGAAAUGCUCAUUACGAACGAUUUCAUCAAUGCGUUCACAGGAGAAUUGGAUCCCAGACAUAUGUACGGUGUAUCCAACCAGGACAACUUCCGCUGGCCUUCGAUCAAGAACGGCACAGAGAAGUAUCUUCUGGGUCUUUACAUUGUAACACUGGAGCUGCCUGGAAUUCCUCUUAUUCUGUGGGGGGAAGAGCAGGCGAUGUAUGUUUUUGAUGCAACUGCAUCGAACUAUCUCUUUGGCCGGCAACCCAUGACUUAUCAGACCGCAUGGUGGACAAAUGGUUGUUUCAAUCUGAACACGUCAAAGUUUUACGAUUUCCCGAUUGAAAAGGGACGAGAUGGUUGCAAUGACAUAACUGUCACAUAUGAUCAGCGAAACCCUGCCCAUCCACUUCGCAACAUCAUGAAGCGGAUGUUCGAGAUUCGGGCGCAUUACCCGGUCGCAAAUGAUGGCUUGUAUCUCAGUACAAUCUCCCAACUGACAAAGGACAUAUUUUUGCCUGGCUCAUCUACAACUCCCACAGUGACGGGUCUUUGGUCAGUCUUGCGAAGCUACUUUCCAGGUGUCCAAAAAGAAGCACAAGAAUCCAAUGAGACACUCUGGCUGGUGUAUCAAAAUGGAAACUCGACAGAAACCUUUGGCGGUGACUGCAGUAACAAGAGCGCUGCUCUGCUGUCUCCAUUCAAGUCGGGGACCAAGUUGAAGAAUCUCUUCUAUCCUUAUGACGAGCUCACUCCUCAAGAUGGACCCGAGAGCGACUAUGGCUGUGUGAAGAGCAUGGAACUUCUUCCUUGGGAAUAUCGGGCGUAUGUUAAGAAGAGCGAUUUCGUGGAGCCUGGUCCUACUGUCACCGACUUCUCACUUGGUCACGAUUCUCGAUUGAUUUCUUCACAAGACACGGGCGAGACUUUGCCAAUUGAACUUGGUUACUCGAUAGAGAUGGAUUGUACCAGCAUUACCAAGGCGAUCACUCUGAACUCGACAACUGAGAAGGGGAUCACUGCCUCUCUUGAUAAAGACAGUGUUAGCUGCAAAAAGAUAUCCGCCCGAACAACUAGCAACAACUUCAUCGGCGAGAUCCCUACUGCGUGGACCUGGUCCGCGAACGUGACCAAUGUUCACCACGGUAUUCACCAACUUACUGUCGCUAAUGUUUCCUCGUCUGGAGUCUACACCAACUCCACCGACAAGUUCCUCUUCCGCGUCGGUCUCGAGAACAAUCCACUCAUAACUCCACUCUCCAAUUACUCUACCAGCUUGCUUCACAGAUCCGAUGAUGGAUUCUUCGUCAAGCAUAGUGCUGCGGGUGCGGAUAAAUUUCGAUACACCACAGAUUUCGGGAGUACAUGGUCCAAGUGGGCAUCAUAUGAAGGUGGCAAUACGACCAUUGAUGUCUCGGCUUUCACUGGAACAGACAAGCAGAAGUGGAAGGGAACACAUGUCCGAGUGCAAUACUUUUCCAGACUCACCGGGAGCAGUGACUAUAUCCAGGAAGGUGACUCUGGAUGGGAAAGCGAUGGCGUUCGGAGAUUUCCUCACUUGUGGUUCAACGGCCCCUUCAACCAAUAUGGAUACGACCAAGGAUUGGCGAGUGAAAUGAAGUACAACACCGAGACCUCUCGUUGGAACUAUGACUUUGUCUACGAGUGGCCAUCGGUAGGACAAUUGAACGUCUGGGGUAUUGACAAGGGAGGCAUCCCUGACACAACAGAAGUUUACGGCGACGUUGGAAAUUCUUCUAAUGUGCAAAAACUUCCCCCCUCUUACUUGUCAUCCAACGUUAUCAACAUCACCAAUCUGCCUCCAUUCCCGCAUCUUGGAUGGAAGAUCUCUCUCAAUGACGCCAACCUGAGGUAUGAGUUGAUUCCUAUUGGAAGCGGUUGGGCUCAACUUGUGCUUUAUGUUCUUCUCUGGGCUGUCCCGAUCUUGAUGGGAUUGGCCGGAAUUUUCAUUUUCAUUCAGACCUUCUACCGUGUCAAGCUUAACAAAGAUGGCAAUGUUGCAAAGGAUGAAAAGCUACCCGUGGCUCUUUACCGCAGAGUCAAAAACAGGCUUUCCACACAGAAGGACCUUGAAAGCUCACUCUCUGAGAAUGGCGUUCCGACAGACAUUGCCGUGGCAGGCGCAAAUGACCAGAGACGCACCGUUUUGAUAGCUACCAUGGAGUAUGAUAUCCAAGACUGGAAUAUCAAGAUCAAGAUUGGUGGGCUUGGUGUCAUGGCUCAGCUCAUGGGGCAGAACCUGAAGCACCAGAACCUCAUCUGGGUGGUACCAUGUGUUGGUGAUGUCGAUUAUCCUACAGACACCCCAGUUGAACCAUACGUGGUGACAAUCUUGGACAAACCAUACCUGAUCAACGUUCAGUACCACGUUGUGGAUAAUAUCACCUACGUUCUGCUGGAUGCUCCGGUGUUCCGGCAGCAAACGAAAACUGAGGUCUAUCCACCUAGGAUGGACGACCUGCCCUCGGCAAUCUACUACUCUGCUUGGAACCAGUGUAUUGCAGAGACAAUAAAACGAGCGCCUGAAAUCGAUUUGUAUCAUAUCAACGAUUUCCAUGGAUGUUUAGCUCCGCUGUAUCUCCUGCCCACACGAACCAUUCCAGUUUGCUUGUCCUUACACAACGCCGAAUUCCAAGGGCUUUGGCCACUUCGGACCCAAAAGGAGAAGCAAGAAGUGUGUUCUGUUUUUAACCUUUCGAUUGAGACCGCAACCAAAUAUUGUCAGUUUGGCAACGUCUUCAACCUGCUCCACACCGGUGCAAGCUAUUUACGAUUCCACCAGCGUGGCUUUGGCGCAGUCGGUGUAUCUAACAAAUACGGCAAACGCUCAUGGGCCAGAUACCCAAUUUUCUGGAGUCUGAACAACAUCGGCAGCUUGCCGAACCCCGAUCCAGCCGAUACUAAGGAGGAAGAUGUGCAAGUUUCGGUCCAGACGGACGCGGAAUCGAGCCAUGAUAGACUCCAGGCACAGAAAUGGGCGGGCCUGAACGAGGAUGCCAGUGCUGAUCUUCUAGUAUUUGUGGGAAGAUGGUCGAAGCAAAAGGGAGUGGACUUGAUUGCCGAUAUUCUGCCCAGUGUCCUAUCUACUAGACUUCAUGUGCAGGUAAUCUGUAUCGGCCCCGUCAUUGACCUUUAUGGAAGACUAGCUGCUGUCAAACUGGAGCGUAUCAUGGAAAUGUUCCCCGGUCGCGUGUUCUCAAAGCCCGAGUUUACAGCACUUCCUCCCUUCAUUUUCUCUGGGGCUGAUUUCGCUCUAAUUCCGUCCCGAGACGAACCAUUCGGCCUGGUGGCUGUUGAGUUCGGUCGCAAAGGUGCCCUGGGUAUUGGUGCACGCAUCGGAGGCCUUGGACAGAUGCCGGGAUGGUGGUAUACCGUUGAAUCCGAUUCGGCUCGCCAUCUUUUGCACCAAUUGAGAACCGCUAUUGGAUCCGCCUUGGACUCAUCGCCAAAGACUAGAGAAGAAAUGCGCCUCAACUCGGCCAAACAAAGAUUCCCUGUUCUUGAAUGGGUUCGAAAGCUCGAAGUUCUGCAACGGACGGCAAUUCACACUCAUCACGACAAGAACAAGGACACUGUCAGAGGCCCAUCACGGGAAUCGCAUAUUUACUGGGAUAAACCCCCCCAAGCGAGAAACAAUCAGCUUGUCCAACCGUCCCUUUUAGAGCUACAAGCAGCCGAGCUCAGGGAAAUGCAGGAUACCGAAAAUACCGGCAAAAAUUCACCCCGUCGACAGUUGUCACUUGGUCGACGAUCCGGGCCCGGACAAGGGAGGAAGCGUCUGGUCAAAAGGUCGUUGAGAGAGAGCCAGAUGCUUGAGAGAACGACAGAGGGGGAUGCCACGGAUGCCGAGGAUGAUGGCAUUGACACCCCUCAGGAGAACUUCAUCUCCCCGAAGAGGCAGUGGCCGCUCAGAAGUCACUCCCGUAACGACUCAAAUCUAUCGACCACAGAAUCGUCUCGUUUCGUUUCCCGAGAUUCUUCACCAGUACGAUCUCCCCGACUCUCUCACGAUACGAGUCCUGGCGAGUACAAUUUUGUUACACCCCCACAGAAUGUUUCUGUUCUUUCAUUACCCUCCGUUGUUGCGGACCAUGAAACACCUGUAUUCCAUUUGCAAAAGGUCGACCCGACUUUCACAGACAGCAUGGGUCAUUUCACGCGGCGCUUUGAGGAAAAGCUUGCCAAUCUGAAUAAGAAGAACUCCGCCACGGAUCACUGUAUCGAGGUGUACCUGAUGAAGAGUGAGCAGAAGUUUUUCAACAUGUAUACCGACGCACAAUUGAAAAAGCAGCCCAAACUUGAAGAGCGCCCCGUGACCGGAACAGACUUGGACGAGGUUGUGGAUGACUCGGAGAGCAACAGCCUCCCGCAGGCCGCCGAUAACCCAGAUUCAAAUGGAUCAGACGAUAUUGAUCAAUGGCUUUCUCGCCUUGGAUAUAAGAGGCCAAUUGCAAUCCAGAGAUUCAUGAGAUGGCGUGUUGGAAACUGGCCAGUUUACGCCUUGUUCUUGGGUCUUGGUCAGAUCAUUGCGACAAAUUCGGCACAAAUCACACUUCUGGUGGGCACAGUCGGUGAAACUGCCGUCAAACUUUAUAUUAUUGCGGCUGUUUACUGUCUCUCUUCCAUUGUCUGGUGGUUCCUCUUCUACCGCUUCCCAUCCGUGAUCGUUCUCACGCUUCCUUGGUUUAUAUACUCGAUGGCCUUCAUCAUCAUUGGUGUUUCGCCAUAUGCGCUUUCAAAUCUUGGUCAGACAUGGGCUCAGAAUAUCGCCGCAGGUGUAUAUUCUGCCGCAUCCUCUAGUGGAUCUUUGUUCUUUGCCCUCAACUUUGGUGACCAGGGUGCCGUUCCCGUGAAAGACUGGAUGUUCCGUGCAAGUCUUAUCCAAGGCCUUCAACAAAUUUACACUGUCGCUCUCUGGUAUUGGAGCUCUAGGGUCACUGCAGUGGAAGUAGGAGGAAUUUCAACAGCUGCUUUGAGUAGCUGGAAACUUACGGCGGUGGUCAUGCCCAUUGCUGCAGUGUGCUUUAUCAUCGGAGUGCUACUUGCUCUGGGUCUGCCCAGGUACUACCGUCAAGCCCCCGGAAAGAUCCUUUUCUUCUACACCUCCCUUUUCCGCCGCCGCAUUGUCCUCUGGUUCUUCUUCAUGGUCAUUAUUCAGAAUUGGUUCCUUGCUUCGGCAUUCGGUCGCAAUUGGUCCUUCCUCUGGUCUUCCAAUCACGCCAAAACAUGGGAAGUUGUCGUGCUGGUUGUGUUAUUCUUCAUUGUUGUCUGGGUUGCUGUGAUGGUCCUCUUCCGGUUCUUGUCCAAAGAACAUUCUUGGAUCUUACCUGUCUUCGGCCUGAGUAUUGGCGCCCCACGAUGGGCACAAGUGUGGUGGGGAACGUCUAACAUUGGCUAUUACCUUCCGUGGGCCGGUGGUCUAACUUCUGGUGCCCUUAUAUCACGAUGCCUUUGGCUUUGGCUGGGUGUUCUUGAUGAGAUUCAGCAGGUCGGUUUGGGAAUGAUUCUCCUACAAACAUUGACUCGAGUUCAUGUCUGCUUCGUCUUGCUGGCCGCGCAGGCUCUUGGAUCCAUUGCCACAAUUUGCGCCCGGGGAUUCGCACCGAACAAGGUCGGUCCUGCUGGUGUCUCUCCGAAUGUGGGAUCAUCAGUGGAUAACGUGGGUAACGCGUGGUUCUGGAUUUCUCUUUUCUUCCAGCUUCUAGCAAGCUUUGGAUUCCUUCUAUUUUACCGCCGAGAACAGCUUAAUCGGCCUUGA